AUGCUGGCCGACCCCAUGACUGGUUUUGCCGGAUGGUCUCUCGCGACACUGAUGCCCGCGGCUGCACUCGCCGCCGCCGCGCACGCUGCGCUCCGGAAGCAGCGCGGCGAGCUCUACCGCCACUGGUGCGUUGAGACCUGGUGGCUACCGUUGCCGUCGGCCGUGGCGCUCUCGGGCGGUGCCGUCAAGCCUGCCAGCGAGCCCGCCACGCACUUGCUGAUAGCGGCUGCUCUGGUUCUCCUCUGGGCAACCUGUGCGACGGUCGGGUUGGUGGAAAACCGCGCCGUUGGCGUCGCUGUUGCGUGGGCGGUUGGGCUGGCGCUGCUCGACGCUGCUGCGACGGCGGCUUCGCACGCCGCGCUCCGUCUCGGAGCUGUCCGCCGGCUUCUUACGGAUGACGACGUCACGCUGGCGCGCAAGGUGGCUGCCGCGGCAAGUGUCGCCGGCUCGCGCGAGCUGGCGGGCGUUGCGCGGGUGCGUGCUUCCACCGGCUAUCUCGUCAUCGACGAGAGCGGAGAAAAGGCGGCGAUGGGGUCAAAGGAGCUGGCGCCUGUGUCGGAAGAGUACCUCCGGAGCCGUGAGGCAGCGGCAGGUGAUCGGCUGCGGGAGGCUGAGCUGCACUAUGGUAUGCUUGGCCAGCGCGCUGUUGCGGCGCGUGCUCGCAAGGAGCAGGAAGGGGAGCAAGACGUGGACGAGACCCACGCGGCGACAGGCUGGGCUGAGGUGAUUGCGGCGGAGGGUGUCCUCAUCGAGGCUCACCGUGAGCGCGUCGCCUGCGAGGUGCGUCUAGUGGCCGAAUUGCUGCAGGCGGCCGACGCAGCCGACGAGGCCGAGCGGCGGGAUCUGCUCCUCUUCGCAAAUUCGGGCGCGGUCGGCGUGAUUGGCGCUGCAGCUCUCAACGCCGAGCUCGCGACUCUCAGCGAUGACGAGCGCGCCGUGCUCGAGGCUGCUGCGGCCCCCUUUCGAGAGGAGCGCGAGCGACGAAGGCGUCUAGCCGACCUUCACGCGGAGGAGGAGUCGCUAGCGGCAGAGAUGCGCGCAUGCGCAAGCAAGGCGGCGGAUGCAAGGAGGUGGCGGCUCGAGCAGUCGAUUACAACCGGCAGCGGACGGACCCGCGAGCUGCGGCGUCACCUACGGGACGCAGUAGGACGGGCGCGGGUGUCUGCGAGCACGCUCAAGGACAUUUGCGAGGCGCUUCGUGGGGCAGGCUGUGCGCCUCCGCCCGAGGCCCCAGCUGCACCUGUUGACGUGGAGGACGUGGCCGCGCAGAGCGAGAUGGCCGAGGCGGCGGAGCUGGAUGCAGUGCGACGGGAGGCAGCGGCGCGUCCCCUUGCGAGCGUCGAUCCGGUUGCCGGCGCAACUGAGCAGUCCGAUGAGGCGCGUCUCACUGCACGCAUUGAGCACUUCCGACAGCUCAAGGCCGCACGGGCUGCAGAGGACGAGAAGGAAGGCGCACGACAGGAUGCGCUGGUCAAGCGGGUCCGCGCCUCCUUGGCUGCGGACGAGGCGCGCCUACAGCAGGAGCUGGCAAAGAUGACCGAGUACGAGAGCACGCUCAGCACUCGUCAGACAGAGGCGGCCGCUUCCCUCGCACAGGGCGAGGCGGCCCUCGGCCCCAGCCGGGAGGCGGAGGCGCGCAACGCCGGUAAGGCGCGCCGCGCCCUUGCCGAGAAGCGGCGGCGUGAGGAGAAGGCGGCGCGACGAGGCCGGGAGCAGGCAGACGCGCAGCGCGCACGCAAAGCAGACAUUCAGCUGCGGGGCGUGGGCGCUGGGGAUCCGUGGGAGUUGCUCGUGCAGCCGCUCGUUAAGCAAGCCGUGGCGGGAGAGCCGUGGGAUGACUACGUUUUCCCGGCCGCCGACCCCUCGCUUCCUCCCUCCAAGUUUGGCGCACGCUGGGAGAGCGCGGCGCAAGUCUUCUCGUCGAUCUCAGUCUUUGCAGAUGGCGGCGGCGAGACCGACCCGGUCGAGACGUCGGACAUAGUCCAAGGCGCGCUCGGGACCUCCUACCUCAUGUCGGCUCUCGCCAUCGCGGCCUCGCGGCCGCAGCUCAUCCGCGAUUGUUUUGUCACCAAGGAGCCCAACGAUGCGGGCCUCUACUGCGCCUACCGCGCCACGUGA